CCUUUCCUCUCCCUUGUUGUCUCCAGGAGUGUAGAGAGUAUGGCAGUUACUUCUCAUAAUGAUGGUACCUAUACAGUAACCUGGGUACCUACCUCUCCUGGAUCAUAUGACAUUAGAGUCUGCAUUGAUGGAUCACUAGCAGGCGAGAGUCACACUUAUGAAGUGCUACCUGCCAUACCAUCAGAGACAGAUCAGAAAGAGGAGGAGGAGGAGGAGGAGGAGACAGCAACUGAAGGCUCCAAAGAAGAUGAAGAUAAAGAGACCUUUGUCAUAGAGACUAUCAAGAGGAAGAUAUUCACUGGGGAGAAGGCUCAAGGUGUGAGAGUGAGGGCUCAACCUUCCUUUGCAGCUCCAGCAGUGGGACUCAUUAAACCUGGAUAUGUACUCUGCUAUACUGAUGAGGUGGAGAAUGACGCUGGUACUUGGGUUAAGUUGACCUAUGAGUCACUGAUGGAGCUAAAGUGUACCAAAAAGGAAGGAUAUGCUCUGGCCUACAGUAAAGCCAAGAAUGAUGAGUUUUUGGAAUAUCAUGAACCAAAAGAAGUUAAAAGGACCAUCAAAAAGAAAGGAAAAGUAGACAAGAGAAAAGAUGGUCCUGGUACAUAUACAGUGGUCCAGUGUGGAGCUGCUGGUCACAACAUUCGUUCCAAACCAAACAUGAAAGGUUGUCCUCUUGGUAGAUUGAGCAAAGGAAGCAUCAUCAAUGCUGUUGAAGAGGCUGAGAAUGAUGAUGGUAUAUGGUUAAAACUCUCACCCGAGUCAGUCCUCAAAUACACCCAGCAACACUCACCUGACCCUGAAGGAUGGACACUAGUAGUGCAUCCUAGUGGAAGAAUAUUCCUAGCACAAGAUGGUGACGAGAGCUACCAAUCAAACGACUUCCAGUCUUCAUCUGCAGCUUUUCCAACAGCUGCAUCAGUCUUUGGCACACCAUCAUCUUCUGCAACGUCUCUAUUUGGUUCUUCUGAAGCUCCUCCUCUUCCUCCCCGUCCCCCUGGGGCUAAAGGUCCGGUAAAGUUAGCUUUUGGAGGUCAAAUUGAUAGUAAAGAUAAUGAAGGAUUGAAGGAGAGCGAAGGGUCACCUUUGACUGGGGAAGAUAAAGGAGAGGAGAAGAAGGAGAAAGGAGAGGAGAAGAAGGAGAAAGGAGAGGAAGAGAAGGUCAAGCAGGCUACUGCUUCUCUUAACUCAAGAAGGAGACGUGUUACUAUAAAAACAGACAAAGAAGACAAAAUUGAGGAAGAGAAAGAGAAAGAAGACGAGAAACCGUCAGAUAUGGAGAAAAGUGACGUCACUUUACAGCCACACUCAUCUGCCACGCCCCCUAAGAAACGCCAGGCACUUUCACCAGCAGUUGCUGAAUGCCAAAGAGCAAUUUACGCAGCCUUUUUAUGGCAAGAAGGACUAGUACAUGAUGCAAUGGCUUCUUCGUUAUACAUCAAAUUCCAUCCAUCAGUCAUCAAGGAGGAGGAGUUGACCACGCCCACUAAUGGUGAAAAGGGUGGGGCUGCAGUUUCUGUCGAAGGUGGUAAGAGUGAUGAGAAGUUGCCAGCGACUUUGCAUCAUUUGGUGACUUUUUGGGAGGAAAUGUCACAGAAGGUCAUCGAUCAGUCCUCGCUGUCUUUCUCUCCGCCCAAAGUCCCGUCGUAUGCUCAAGAAUUACUCAAGAGAUACGAAGAGGAAAAGAAGGAAAUGGAAAAAUUGAAAAAAGAGAAGGAGAAAAAAUCCGGUGGAGGUGCUUCGCCUGCUGGGGGUGGGGCCACUAAAUGCGAGCUCUGUGAUGUGUCCUUUCCUGAUCCUGUUACUUACCACAUGAAAGACGCUCACAGUGGGUGUGGCAAUCAUGCCAAUGGGUGGGGCUAUAAUAGCCGGGGAUCAUACUGCUCUGGUUGGGCGGGUAAUUGUGGGGAUGGUGGUCGUGGGGGAAGCACUUGGUACCUGAUGUGCAAGGAAUGUCACGCAAAGUAUUUAGCUCAAAAAGAAGAGAAUAAGAAGAAGGUUGUCAAACCGAUUUCAGUACCAAAGAUGAAGACUCGUAAACCAGGCAAGGCUCGGUCCCUCCCAGUCAUGAGCUCAGUUCAAGGAAUGUUGUUAAACGCUAAGUUUCUGCUUGAGGUUUCCACUCGUCCUGUAUCUGGUGAAGGUCCUAAAUCAAAGACCACGCCUCUUCCAACCGGUGGAGCGGGCGUGCCUGAUUUAGCUCGUCAAGUCUCAACUCCUGACGAUUCUGUAGUGGGUGUGGUUUCAGACAUAACGGAGACUUCCGUCUUCUCUCAUCCCGACAAAUCCAAAGAGGAGCCUCCCCUUCGCUCCUCUCUCCCUCGCCCCAUCCCCGCCCUCGGCCGCUCGAUCUCCAUGGCAACCGGUGGUGCUGACCCGACAAUGAAACGUACCUUUAGUGACAGUGGAGAAGAGCCCGUUCCUACUUUUAAUCGUCAGCUGACCGGAGUGGGUCACAGAGGCAGUGAGGGGGUUUCAAGUAGUUUGAUGCAUAAGCCGUCGAUGGCUCUGGCUAAUUUGAUGUACAUGAGGUCGAUAAGUAAGGAUGAUUCGGGUUACGAGAGGAUUAUGAAGUUCAUUGGGACAUAUCAUGAUUUACUGGGACUGAAGACAACCAUGAAGCAUAUGAUGAGGAUUGCUAGUCUUAGAGCCACUGCUCUUGAGUUCUUUGAAUGGUUGCUAUUACAAGUGGACAGUCCUUCAGUGGUUCAUGAUAUUCUCUGGCAGUUUGUCCGAAGUGUCUCUGAUCACCCAAUGAUACAAGCAGCUGCUACUGCUAAAGCACUCAGGGAAGAGGAGGAGAGUGAAGAGAAAGAAUCAGAGUCCAAGGAUUUAAGUUUGGGCAGGAAUCCAUUGACUGGUUUGGACGGGUCUGGUUUCAUGAUGCAGAAAUUACGUAAUGUGUUUCAUUCAUUUUUACAAACCAUUGCAAAUAAAAUGAGCAAAUUACCAGUGGGAUCAGUGGCCCAACAGAUUGCCCUGAGGUGUUGGUGUCUGGACUUCCAGUCCCAGGAUCAUUCCUUCCUACUUCAGAGUCAUGUCUUUGCUAACAUCAGUGAGGCACUCUCAGUCAUGGAGGAAGUGGAGGGAGACAAAGUUGCUUCUAAUAAAACUCAAUCUGAGCCAGUAGUACAGUUAAUGAUCAAUAUAUUGCAUGAGGGUAAACUGAAAGUGUCCUCCAAUGAUGGAAUGUCCAACAGUUUAACUGACGGAUCUACUGAAACAUUCUGGGAAUCAAGAGAUGAGCCACGAGGGAAACCCCGUACUAUUACACUGGCUUAUGAGAGGAAGAUUAAACCAUUUGGUGCCUGCAUACACAUUGACAAUACUAAAGACUCUGGGCAAAGAGUGGAGCAGUUAGCAUUGUUGGUUGGACCAGAUGAGGACGGACUUAAAGAAGUUGACAAAUGUAAAUUAAGUACCGGUCACUCUGGAUGGAAGACACUGACUGUCCCUGCAGAUAUUCCUGACAUUUCAUUGGUCAGAUUUGAGUUACGAGGCUCUCAGAACAACGUAAGAGCGAGACAAGUAGCACUACUGGAGUAUCCUGAGCUCACCCACUCAGCGUCCAAUGGAGCUGUGAAUAGUGAACUGGCUAUGCAGAAGGAUUGUGAAGCAGAGGCUCUGAGACUGUUCAGAUUAUUGACAUCACAAGUGUUUGGUGGUCUAUUAGACACUCAACAUAAACCCACAGAACAAAGAGAAGAGACUGACACUGGAGACCAGUCAGAAGGAGGAGGAGGAGGUGUAGGAGGAGACGAGGAAACCUCAUCAAUGGCCAACAUAUUAUUCAACAAAAGCAAACUAUCAAAUCUACAAAAAGCAGUCUGCCAGCAUAUAAUGGACUCGGUCCAUAAAGAGACUAUAAGAAUCAAAGGAGAGUGGGAGGAGGAACUUAAAAACCCGAAACCAACUGCUACACCUCCUUCACGUCAAGCCAGUCAAGAUCCUAGUUAUGCUGAAGAAGGUUCUUCUCCUUCUAAGAGUCCUGAUGCCUAUUGCUCUGAACUAUUGACAAUGUUGAGUGGGCUGAGUCAGAAUGAGUUGGGAUGUGCUUAUCUUGCUGAUCAGGCACAACUAGUGAAAGAUCUCACUUCUUUAUUGCACACUGCUUCCACCAAAAUACAAUUACAAGUUUGUUCUCUAUUAAGGUUCAUACUCCCCUACAUUAAACCAAGGGAGUUUGCCACAAUGACUGAUGUUACAGUACUCCCUCCUCUUGGCUACAGUGCUAUUGCUGAGGCAGUUAAUUCAGCCUCUACCAUAAACCAGUUAGGAUUACUGGACUGUCUGCUAGCAGUCAUUGCUAAGGCAUUAUCUGUGCAGGUGAAGGUGAAAGGACGUGGUUCUAAUAUUCUACAGAAGUUAACUGGUGAUUCAACUAUUACUGCUGCAGUUACUUUGGCUGCUCUUAAAAACCCUAAGCCGGUAGCAGGAGAGACUCACGUGAGACCCCUCCGCUGGUAUUUGCAAGGAUCUAUUGAGCAAGAGGUGGCAAUUGAGAUUGUUAAACUUUUGAAAGACAUGACCAAGUCUGUGCUGAAAGGACAUUGGAAAGACUAUGCCAAGUCAGCCAUUGGACAAGCUGUCCUCCAUUUAACUAAAGUUAAUGAAGAAGCACGUAAUGCUGACCCAGGAAUGUACUCACAUACUUUUUGGUUGUGCCUUGCUGCUUUGUGUGUCAUUGAUGAAGAACAUGCUGAAGCUUUGUCAUCAGGACAAUGGCUAGGACAAGAUGGAAAACCGCAAACUAAACCUCUGUGUGAUAAUCAUGAUGAUGGUGAGACUAAAGCUCUUAUAUUGUGUGACGUGUGUGGUAACCUUUGUGGUGAAUGUGACCGUGUGCUUCAUUAUCACAAGAAGAAUCAUCACCACAAUAGACAAGUUUUCAAAGAGGAAGAGGAAGCCGUUAAGGUCGAUCUUCAUGAGGGGUGUGGUCGUAUUAAACUUUAUUGGACUAUGGCACUCGCUGAUUCACGUACCCUUAAAGGAAUGGUUGAAUUUAAAGACACUGUAGGAGGUAGCGGCAAAGGUGCUUGCAGAUUCUGUGGCACAACAUCAAACACUGGUCUACUGGCUAUUGGUAACGUCUGCCCUGAUCCAGAGUGUCAAGAAAGAUCUCGCUCGGUCUGUACUAAGACCCUUUCCUGCGGCCAUUACUGCUGUGGAGUCAAAGACGAAAAGAAGUGUCUUCCUUGUCUUCAUGGGUGUGUCCCUAAAGAGGGCGUGACUGCCCCUCCCCUAAAGCAAGAUGCUGAUGAUAUGUGUAUGAUAUGCUAUACUGAAGGAUUGUCCUGUGCUCCUUCCAUACAGCUGGAGUGUGGUCAUGUCUUCCAUUAUCAUUGCUGUCGUGAUGCUUUGAGUAAGAAAUGGUCUGGACCGAGGAUAACAUUUAGAUUUAUGUUCUGCUCUAUAUGUGAGGAUAAGCCCAUAUCUCAUCCUCAUCUUGAAGAUGUCUCCAAGCCAUUAACUGAUCUUUAUUCUGACGUCACGAGGAAGUGUCUCCUUAGACUUGAAUACGAGAACCAAACAAAAUGUGAAGCAGUAACGUCCCCUACGUCAAAGUUUUAUCAAAAGCCUCAAGAGUAUGCAAUGUGGAAAUAUGCGUAUUAUGUGUGUUACAAGUGUAAGAAGGCCUAUUAUGGUGGUGAGGCUCAUUGUGCUGAAGCAGUUGGUUCUGAUGAUUAUGAUCCCACUGAGCUUGUCUGUCCAUCCUGCUCUAAUACUGGAGGACAACUACAGGUCUGUCCAAAGCAUGGUACUGAUUUCCUGGAGUACAAGUGUCGUUAUUGUUGCUCUGUUGCUGUCUAUUUCUGUUUUGGUACGACACAUUUCUGCAAUCCUUGUCACGAUGAUUUCCAGCGUGUAACCUCCAUUGCUAAAUCAGACCUGCCUCAGUGUCCAGUGGGUCCCAGGGCUAAGCCUCUGUCUGGUUCGGAGUGUCCUUUGCAUGUUAAGCACCCGCCCACUGGAGAGGAGUUUGCUCUAGGUUGUGGAGUCUGUCGUAAUGCUCAGACUUUUUGAGGAGUGGGUGUGGUAUUUAGAACUGGACUAGUUUAUAGUGUGUAGUAGUUAUUAUUAGUAAAGUAUGAUAGAUUAGAACUUUUUGAACUAGAUUAUUAUUAUUAUUAUUAUUAUUAUUAUUAGGAUUGUCUCUUUUAAUUUUAUGCUGCUAUUAAAAUGCUAUUGAGUUCAACUUUGUUUAAGAAAUUAAUGACAAUGCAUC